AUUCAGAAUUCUUUACAGGCACUUCUAACUGACUUUCUGCUGAAGAGAUUUUUUGAAGAGGGUGUGAUGUGGUUUAGUCUGUCUAUGGGUUUAGUCUGGCAGGAGGUAAACAGGGGAGCUCGGGUGUAAUUAAAUAGCCUAAUUUUGUGUAAUCCGUGUAGGUAAAACAGCCAUCGCGUUUACUUCUACAUUACUUCAUUUACUGUAAUAGAAUACGAUAUCGUUUCAUUCUUUCUCAGCCGUUGUGAUGACUUGGUGACGUCACGUGACGCGUCGGACAGGUAAACCAGGAAGUGAACGAUCGUCAUAGACGGAUUUAAAAACAGGAAAAUGAAAACCGAAGGAACACUGCUUAGCCCCCCGGACUGACAUGAACACACUGCUCCAUCCUUUUGUUGUGGUUUUGUCAUUGACAAGUUUGUCUUUGGUCGUCGUGUGUCUGGAUCCUGUUCCAGUUCAGAUCGUGACGACACCAGUGCUGGUGGCAUCAGGGAAAGAUGCCGUCUUCACAGUACAGACGGUGUCUGACGUGUCCCUUAUCAGAUGGACCGAUAGCACAGCCGCCACGCUGGCCUUGUGGGCGAACGGGAGCCCGGUCAUCAUUCCCAUCCAGCAGUACCUGGGCAGAAUCUCUGUCACGGUCACUCAGCUCAAAAUCACCAACAGCCAGAUCCGUGAUUCUGGAAACUACAGCGUCUCUGUCGAACCCUCGCCUACCACUGGAUUCGGCGUGAACACCCGUUCAGUGCAGCUCAAAGUGUUUGAUGCUGUGAACGGAGUUAGUUUGUCCCUGCCGUCUCUGCCGCUGGAGGGUGGGAACGUGUCUCUGAGCUGCAGCUGGUCUGUGGGUUCAGACGUCAGUGUGGUUUGGGGUAAAGGAGGCACUGCUCUUUCCUCUGACAGCCACAUUACUAUCAGCGCUGGAUCUCUGCUCAUCAAGCAGGCCAGGAGAGACGAUGCAGGAGAAUACACAUGCACCGUCAGCAACGCCGUCAGCGCUCAAACAGCCAAGUCCACCCUCAGUGUCUACUAUGGACCAGACGCCCCACAGUUGACUAAGACCUCAAGUGAGUGUGUUGGUGGAGGAGAUGCUACUGUGGGACAGACGGUGCGUCUCACCUGUACGUCUGCCUCUCUACCUCCUGCCUCCUUCUCAUGGGAACUUAACGGCCAGCCGGUGACCACCGGCCAAUCAGGGAGUGGCGUGCUGAGUCUGCAGAUCUUCUCCUCCAAUCAGAGCGGCCGUUACACCUGCAUCGCACAGAAUGAUGUCACAGGAGGGACAUCGAAGCAGCAGGUUGACCUGGCUGUUGUGGGCACGUGUCUGAGCGGAGGCGCUGUGGCGGGGAUCGUUGUUGCCUGUGUUGUUGCACUCAUCAUAAUUAUUGUCGUCAUUAUUUUGCUUCUGCGACAAAGAAACGUGGAUCGGAGACUCAAAGAUACUAUUGGACGUCAGAAUACAAACCAGAAUGAAGGAAUCACAAUUGCAAACAGAGCUCUUGUCAAUGAAAACCACCUUAAUCCACCAUUACACAACUCACACCCACAAAACUUCACUGCCGUUCCCAAUGACAGCAAUGGGAACAUAAACACAAUGUCACAAAACAUGCCCAGCAACUCCAACCCACUCCUUAAUAAUGGCCAACAGCACACUGAUGUAUUCCAACGCAACUUCAGUACAGUCCCAGACAAUGGGCAUCAAAACAAUUCAUAUCCAAACAAUGACCCUCAGAGGUCCUUCCCACAACCUGUCCAAAACAAUCCCAAUAUUCUCAUACAAACAGGCAGUUCUCAGCCUGGUGCGCUUGCCCAUACAGUUCAUGUAAACCUCAACACAUUGCCACGAACCGAUCAGUUUAAUAAUACACAACCUCAAACGGUGCAUGUCAACUUGAACACAUACCCUCCAGAAGCACAUCAGGUGGUCCAGCAACAUGCAAACCAUGGAGAAAGUGCACUACAGAGUCAACAUACUAACGCCAUCCAUCAAAAUCAUUCUCAGACUGGUAAUCAAACACAAACAACACUCAAUAAUGCUUUACCAAAUGGUUCUCGCCAACCCAACAGCCUCAUUCAGACUGGAUACUCGCACUCUACCGACCAAACCAAUGCAAACGGCCGAAAUCCCAACUCAAGAUCAUCAACAGAAGAGCGAAGUCGGCGUUCAAACCCCGUUCAGACCAACAACCAGUUCAAUGACUCCAGAACGCACCUCCAACAGUUGCCUUGGGACCGUUUGCAGGGAACGCCGGCGUAUCCCAACCCCGAAAUCUAUAGUUCAGACAGUAGUGGAUCUUCAGAUUUGCCACAACGAGAUGCACAGAGAAAUCGUUCUGCUCCAAGAUACCGGGAAACUGAACCUUCGGGAAGGUUGACCCAAGCUGCUCCUCUCCAAAGAAGAGACCUCCAGAGACCAAUCGUGCCCAACAACUCUCAAUUGGACCCAAAUGUGCAGAGACAAGUGGUCCAACAGAACUUAAGCACCCAACCACAAGUCCAAUCUCAAAUCCAGACUGCAAUGUCUCAAACCCAAACCUCUCAGGCUCAGAAUCCAAUCGCCAUUGGUCAACCAAGGGGAACGAUUAUACCUCAAACCCAAACCUCUCAGGCUCAGACUUCAAUCGCCAUUAGUCAACCAAGGGGAACGAUUAUACCUCAAACCCAAACCUCUCAUGGUCAGAAUCCAAUCGUCAUUGGUCAACCAAGGGGAACGAUUAUACCUCAAACCCAAACCUCUCAGGCUCAGAAUCCAAUCGCCAUUAGUCAACCAAGGGGAACGAUUAUACCUCAAACCCAAACCUCUCAGGCUCAGACUUCAAUCGCCAUUAGUCAACCAAGGGGAACGAUUAUACCUCAAACCCAAACCUCUCAUGGUCAGAAUCCAAUCGUCAUUGGUCAACCAAGGGGAACGAUUAUACCUCAAACCCAAACCUCUCAUGGUCAGAAUCCAAUCCCCAUUGGUCAACCAAGGGGAACGAUCAUACCUCAAACACAAACUGGCACCAGACCAAAUCAGACCGUGCCUCAGCCAUCCAUUCCUCUCACUGAGGCUGCCCUACGCCAACACACCACCCAAACCGAUAACCCUUCUGCCAACUGGUUCCAGCAGUCUCAAGCUGCCUUGCAGAAUCCUGGACCUUCUCAACCCGUCCAGCAGCUCAACAAAGUGGGCCAGAGGCCUCCUACUCCACCUCCAGUGCUGCGGCCAGACCAGUUCCAGAAACUUCCACGUGAACGCAUACAGCAGCCACGCACCAUCCAGCCUGUGACCGUGCAACGCAGACACAGAUCUCCAAACAUGCACAAGCAAACUGGAGUUUUGCAUACAAGUCCACAGCGAAUGCCAGGAGUGCAUCCAAUGCAUGCAACCGUGCAUGGGCACCCAACACACAUGCGUCAGCAGGUCCACAGAGGCAGACCCAGACGUUGAGAAAAUGCAGCGCUCGUCUGGCUCGACACUAUUUGGGCUGCGCAAAACUUUCGUACAAAGCACAAUGUCUCUCUGGUGGAAAGAAACAAACGCUCAGCCAUUCCUCCGGCCCUUGGCUUACUGUGCCAUACAGAUCUUUGUAUUUUGUCGGAUGGAGGGCAUUAUUGAUAAAAAGACUGAUGUUUUUGUUUCUCCUGCACAGCUGUAAUUUAUGCAUGAGAAAUCCGCGGCUGUUGAACAGGACACUGUGUGAAUUUCAUCCUGGUGAACAAUGCUGCUUUGGGAUUUGUCUUGUGCUCAAGUGUCUAAAAAAAUAAAACACAAUGCAGUGUUUUUGCACUGACAGGAAGACUUCCAAAUGAAUCAGGAUGGGUGGCAGGACUUAACGACUAAAUGAUAAAUAAUGGACUGCUGCUGUUUGUCCUUUAUUCAGCUUUCUGCUCACAGAUGCUUCUUGUAGCGCCACUCAAUUAGUUCGAUCCGCUACGAUGCUUUUGUGGAUGGAUUAUGCAUUUGAGUAUGAAGGAGAUACACCUAACGGACGUGUAAUUAAUUACGCUCUUUAAUUUUUAUGUUAAUGAUGUGGAACAUUCUAAUGAGUUUAAGUAAAAUAGGUUGUUGACGGGCCUUGCAAAAAUAUGAUGAAAAGCAAAUGUUUGGUCAGAUGGUUUAUGUCAUGUACUUUUUUUUUUUUUUACUAAUAAAUUCUCAGUUUUUAUCA